AUGUCACUAUAUGAUGAUGAAUUACUAGAACCAAAUAAAGAUGGUACUACAAAAGUUGGAGCUUGGUCAGAUUCAAUUAAAUUACUUCAAGGACCAAUUCAUGCAAAAAAAUUUCAUCAACAACAACAACUUAAAAAAGAUCUAACUAAAAAUGUUGUUGGACCUGUAGCUGAUCUACGUAAAAAACGAGCACCACCAUUACCACGUCAUCCAAAUGCUGAAGUUACAUUUAAUAGUAUUACUGGAAAGGUGCAUUCUAGUGAACCAUCACCUUCAGUAACAGCAUUAAUUCAAAAUAUAACUUCAAAUAUAUCAGUAUUUGGUUAUACAGAUGAAUAUGAUCCAUUAAAACCAAAUGAUUAUGAAAAAUUAAAAGAACAACGUAAACGUGAUCGUGAUAUUGAACGUCAACGACGUAUUGAA